CCGCUUAAAGACGACAAAGAGAUUUUUAGACGACAAAAUGAAGAGUAAAAGAUUGACCGAGGCGGAAAAGACCGAAGUUCGCAAGGAGUUGGAAAGUGUUGAUAUGAGUAUGGAUGAAGUACUACAAGAACAAAAUUUAUCAGAAUUAGCAAAAACCAACCCUGCUUUUAUUUCUGAAUUUUACCAACUUUUUUACGAGCAAGGAAAAGCCUUGGUUCGGGCAAAAACUAAAGCAUCAUCCAUUAAUCGGAGCACGGAGAAAUUGAAAAGACAGCAAAAAUUUCAAGCCAUUUGGGACAUUUCCAAAACCGAGGAAAAAGCAAUCACAGAGCAAUUGAAACCCUGA